AUGGAAGAUAUUGCAAAUAGUGAAAAUAUGAGUAUUGAUAAAAGUUUAAAUGAUUCUUAUUCGGGUAGUGAAACUGAAUUAUCUAUACAACCUAGAUUAUCAAAUAGCAGUGGACACCCCCAUCAAAUAUAUGAGAUAACCUUUAAUAAUCCUUUUUUUGAAGACUUUACAAGAAUAUUAAAUCCGGGUUAUGACCUACCAAAACACAAUGCAUUAGCAACAUCAAUUUUAGACUCAGAAGCAGCAAGUGUUCUAAUAAAAGUUGAUAAGGAGUUGUCUAAGGCUAAAAAUCUGACUUUAUGUAUAGAUAGUUGGUGUAGUUCGUUGAAACAUAGCAUUUAUGCUUUUGUUAUAGUAACUAAUGAAAAGAAGCAGUAUAUAUAUUCUUUACGGGAUUUUUCAAAGUCUUCCCAUACAGCAGAUUUUAAUAGCAAAAAAAUAAUGGAGGUAUUAGAAAGUGUUGGGCCUGAAAAGUUUAUAGCAAUAGUUUCUGAUGCAGAAUCAUCAAUGAUAGUGGCAAAAUGA